AUGAAAUGGAAGCGUGAUGCGACAAGUGGUCAACUGGUUGCCGGUGGAAAUGGAGUUGGAAACAAGUCUAAUCAGUUAAAUUACCCAACAGAUGUGAUUCUUGACAAACAAACAGACAGUCUUAUCAUAUGCGACUCUUCGAACCGACGAGUAGUACGAUGGCCUCGUCAUGAUGGCAAAAGCGGAGAAACGAUCGUCUUAAAUGUGAAAUGUGCGGAUUUGGCAAUGGAUGACGAAGGAUCUCUCUACGUCUCUGAUGUAGAAAAUCAUGAAGUUAGGCGAUGGCGAAUGGGUGAAAAGAAUGGAACAGUGGUGGCAGGUGGUAAUGGACAAGGUAAUCGUCGUGAUCAGCUCGAUUAUCCUCAAUCCGUCGUCGUCGAUCAAGAUCAUUCAGUGUACGUAUCGGACUGGCGCAAUCAUCGUGUAAUGAAAUGGAUGAAAGGUGCGAAAGAAGGCAUUAUUAUGGCUGGUGGUAACGGUAAAGGGGAUGCUCUAACACAAUUGCAUUAUCCAAAUGGACUAUUCGUCGAUCGUUUGAAUACUGUCUAUGUGACUGACUCAGAAAAUAAUCGAAUAAUGCGUUGGCCGCAAGGAGCCACAAGCGGAAGUAUUAUCGUUGAUGGAAACCAAAAAGGCUAUCAAGGGAAAGAGCUUGAUGAUCUCAAAGGUUUAUCAUUCGAUCGACACGGCAAUCUCUAUGUUGUCGAUUUUUGGCGUCAUCGAGUGCAAAAAUUUUUAAUCGAAUUGUCACCUCACAAUUAA